AUGCUAUUAGUCAUCGUGGUGUAUUACUUUGUUGAUAUUGGAAAAAAUGCAAUAUUUGCUUGUUUUAUGUUGUAUUACUCAUAUUUAUGUGCGUACGUACGUACGUACGGCGGUCUAUGUCAUGAUUUGGAAUAUGCAAUGAAAUCAACUAUAGGAGACACCCUUACCUAUAUAAAAACGUACACAUGUUUAUUGAAAAUGUAUUCAGGAACAUUCGGAUAUUGGGGAUAUCAACAACCGAGCUAUUAUCGCUAUGACCAGCGGAUGUUGGGCAGACCUCGUCAUGCCUACCAACAACCAGCGCUGCCUUACGGAUAUAUGGAUAUGAGUUAUCAUCCAUAUUAUCGACACUUGUACCGUGACAGGGAAGCAUCAGUGCACUCCUCUGUGACUGCUGAGUUAUUGCAAUUACAUAAUCAACAUCGUGCGCGACAUUGUGCGCCGCCAUUGACCAUUAGUGAACGGCUUAAUAAAAUUGCGCAGUCAUAUGCAGAACAUUUGGCUAAAACAUCAACAUUUGAACAUAGUGGGAACAAACUCGGUAAAGAGCCAUUGGGAGAAAACCUUUAUAUGCAAUGGAUAUCGCGUGGCAAAGUAAAUGCUAGUGCCAAAGCUGCAGAUAAAAGUUGGUACGACGAAAUAGAAAUGCAUGAUUUUAAACAUCCAACAUUCUCGAAAGAAACCGGACAUUUUACACAAUUGGUAUGGAAAGAUACGAAGAAAAUGGGUGUUGGCGUUGCUUUCUCACCUAAUGGUCAAGAAGUUUAUAUUGUUGCAAAUUACUAUCCAGCGGGAAAUAUUGUUGGACCAGGAUUCUUCGAAAAAAAUGUUUUACCAGCCAAAUGUUAA